AUGGAGAGCCUCGUCCUCGCCUCCUCCUGCUCCGCCUCCCCCCUCCUCGCCGCCGCCCGCCGACCCUCGCGGCCCCUCCCCGCCGCCGCCGCCGCGCCGCUCUCUUCCGCCGCCGGGCGGAGGGGACCCGCCAGGAGGCCCAGGCUCGUCGUCUCCGCCGCGUCUCGCGGAUCUAGGAAUGUUUUCGAUGCACUGAACACAAAGGGCUUCGCGAGCGUGUCGUCUUCAACCAGCAGCCAGAACACAUCAACAGGAACUGGCACCCUGCCUCCCAUGCCGCCCCCGUCAUCAUAUAUCGGUUCACCAGUCUUCUGGAUCGGAAUUGGUGUGGCGUUAUCCGCGGCGUUUUCCAUGGUCUCUUCGAUGGUAAAGAAAUAUGCAAUGGAACAAGUAUUCAAAUCGAUGAUGACACAGGCACAACCAAACACCUUUGGCUCAGCAAACUCGCCAUUCCCAUUUUCCAUGCCACAGCAGGCAGGCCCCACAGCACCAAUCAGUUAUCCAUACUCUGGACCAAGAAAAAGUACGCCUACAAAAGGUGCAACUGUUGAUGUUUCAGCUACUGAUGUGGCGGCGACUGGAACUUUGGAAGCGUCCGAUGUGGCCGAAACAUCAAAACCGUCAAAGAAAUUUGCCUUCGUUGAUGUUUCUCCGGAAGAAUUGCUGCAAAAGGAGCUUCAAUCUUCAUUGGAGACAGUUGAUGUAAAAAGUGAUAGCGCUAAAAGUGAAAUUAAGGAGGAUACGGAGCAACAAGUUUUUACAAAUGGAGCUGCUUUUAAGCCUAAUGAAGAUUCCUCUACUGGGCCAACUGAAUCCAGUAAGCCAGGGCCUAUGCUAUCUGUGGACACGAUUGAGAAAAUGAUGGAAGAUCCAGCUCUGCAGAAGAUGGUUUACCCCUACUUGCCCGAGGAGAUGAGGAACCCGGAUUCAUUCAAGUGGAUGCUUCAGAACCCGGUGUACCGCCAGCAAUUGGAGGAAAUGAUGAGCAACAUGGGUGCAUCUCCUGAUCAAUGGGAUAACCGCAUGGUUGAUCACUUGAAGAACUUCGACCUUAGCAGUCCUGAAGUAAGGCAGCAGUUUGCGCAAGUUGGCAUGACUCCGGAGGAAGUAGUGUCGAAAAUAAUGGCGAACCCAGAAGUUGCUGUUGCAUUUCAGAAUCCAAAAAUUCAAACGGCCAUCAUGGAUUGCUCGCAGAACCCUCUGAAUAUUGUAAAAUACCAAAAUGACCAAGAGGUCAUGGAUGUUUUUAUGAAGAUAUCACAAAUCUUCCCCCAAAUUAAUGGCUAGUCGAUGUACAUCAUGGAAUCGAAGUUUUUGGCCUGCCUUGGCCUGCCUCCAGUCUUAAGUGCCUGCAGUAGCAUCUGUUAACUGGCUGAGGAACAUAAUGAAACUUCAUGUGUUCAGUCAUUACGUGCAAAGAUGUACCCUUCCCGUCAAAGGUUUUUGAGUUGCCAAUGUACAUCCUAUGAUUCUAGUGUCUCGGUUUGGUUGCCAACCGUUCGUAGAGCCGGAGUAGUGACGUAGCCAAGUUUGAGAUAUAUAUCAUCACUGCUACGUGAAAUAGUGUAGUAAGUGCUUUGACAUUAUAUGGUUUGCUGUAGGGUGUGAAGGUGCGGUUGUAGUUGAUAUCACCUCAAUUUUGAUACAUUGUGUUACCAUGACAAUGCAUGAACAUGUUGCUAUGUUGUCUGGCAGUAUUUUUUGUGGAAUGUAGCCUGAGUUUCAUGACC